AUGCGGAUAUCCUACAUACAUUUGUGUGUCUGCUCGAGCCUCUGCUUGGUCCCGUGGUGCGUGGUCGGGUCCGCCCGCACGAGCGAGGCGGUGCCCGGUCCCCGGUCGGUGGCGCCGGGCGCGACGUCGGGCGCGGCGACAGACCAGCUGGCGGCGCCUGCGCCUGGCAAGAAGCGGAAGCGCGUGGAUUUCAACCCGGCCGAAAGAUCUUCGACACCCACGGCGAAGCUGUCGGAAGAGCCGCCGGCGUGGACCCUCGAGACGGUCAAGAUUGCCAUGCACAACCUCGUCCUCGACCAGCGCGAGAAGAAGCAAGGCCGCUGA